AUCUCAAGAUGUCACAACGUCUCAAUGAAAUGAAUUGGAUUUGGUCGAUAUUGGUGAUAUACUUUGGCCAAACAUGGAGUCCAGUAAGCGGUGGAACCUUGCCAAAUCAGCCAAAGCCGUCCGCAACAGGUGUAAUAGAGUCACAGGCAAAAUUUUUCCAGGAUUUUUUCUCAGUACAGUUGAGCCCUUACAAGAUUGAGUUUGGUCACGUUUGUGAAGAUCCCAAUACCUGGGAACAGCGCUACGAGAAGAAAGAUUAUAAAAACCACAGGGAUAUGGGAAAAGUGCGAUGGGGUGAUAAAAAAGGAGGCUAUGGCGAACAUUAUUGGGACCUAAACCACGCUGGUCAUAACAAUGACCACGAUGAUGGAGAGUACCAUGCAGAUGAUGACUCAUAUGAUGAAUCUAGCGAGCAAUCAUCCAACUACGAAGACACAGAAAAAGAUACGAAUGAAGAAAGUGAACGCAGAAAGAGAGCUCACACAAACAGUAGUAAAGAGCAUCGAACAAUUGCUCAUGAUGAAAAUGAAGAACGAACACAAAAGAAACAAAAAACACUCCAAGAACCAAGUAAACGAGUAAAGAAUGAUAUUGUUCUCAUUGUAAAUGAAAGGGACAGAGCUAUUAAAGAACCAAGAAGGUUUCUGGAGCCUCCCAAUCAAGACUUAGAUAGACAAAAUCCCGGUGUCAGUCAGCCAACCAGUCAGCCAUCCAGUCAGCCUAGACUUUACUUUGAACCAACCACAGGUCAUGUUAUUGAUAGAAGAACAGGUCAAGCGUUCUUUCUGCAACCGAUUGUGGUUAAUUAGUUUAAGUUAA